AUGUUUUGGCGUGGUCGUCGAAGGGAAUCCGAUGUCCAGCGAUCCACGAAUAACCAACGCAAGUCCCGAUCUAGAAAGGCAACAUGGGAAACACAAGUGAGAAUCGAUAAGCUAAAUGAAAGACUGGACAGCAUACGUGCGGAGAUAGAGGAGAUAUACCGCAAGAGAGACGAGAAGGAAGAGAGAAGGAGAAGAGCGAAAGAUGAACUAAAACGGUUAAAAGGUAAGAGACGACCAAAGCAGAGGGACAUAGAGGAUGCCAAGAGGACGUUGCGCAGAAGGGUUCGUGAUUUGGACGAGAUUAAGGGUAUCCUGAAGCAAACUAAACGCGAGAAAAAGUCUAUAGCCAAGAAGAGGGAUCGUCUCACCCGGCGCCUGUAA